CCAAAGUGAAAGUGUAUCCUGCUAAAUGCGCCACAGUUCAGUGGAAGCCCACAAACAUCGGUCUUCACUCGGAGUUUACAGCCAGACAAUCAAGUUUACUCGGUGGAGACGUUUUUAUUUUGAACUUUUGCUCACUUCUAAGCAGGUUUAAGCAUGGUUAAAGUAACAUUUAACUCCGCUUUGGCGCAGAAAGAGCUGAAGAAAGGAGAAAAGGACGAGGCUUUAAUCCCACAGGAAGGGGAUGUGGAGGCGGUCCUGCGGGUCAGGCAGCAGUCUUGGGCCUGGUGCUGGUGCAUGUGUCUGGGUCUGGCCCUCAUGCUGUCCGGGGUCGUGGUGGGUGGAGCUUACCUGUACAAGCAUUACAUCAUGGAGGGUGCUGUGAGUGCCGAGCGCGACCAUGAUGGUGAUGUUGUUCUGCAGGAGGAGGGCGUGUAUUUCUGCGGCGUGAGCUACAGCGAGGAGCGCUUCAUGAUUCCCGACGUCAGCGAGGAGCACGGUGCACCUCUCAAGAGACUCGACGAACGAUUCCGGAUCCUGGAGAAGGAGCAGGUGGAGCUGAUCAGCGUGCCCGUGCCAGAGUUCAGCGACAGCAACGCCGCCGAGAUCGUGCAUGACUUCGUCCUCCAUCUGACCGCUUACCUGGACCUGAGUCUGAAUAAGUGUUACAUCACCCCUCUGAACACCUCCGUCGUCAUGCCGCCCAGAGACCUUGUCGAUCUGCUCAUCAACAUCAAGGCCGGCACCUACCUGCCGCAGUCGUACAUGGUGCGUGAGCAGAUGGUUGUGACAGAGAAGGUGGAGGAUUUGGAGCAGCUCGGUUACUCCAUCUACAUGCUGUGCAAAGACAAAGACACUUACAAACUACAGCGCAAGGACACCAUACUGGGCAUUCAGAAGCGCGAGGCUCUCAACUGCCACAAGAUCCGCCAUUUCGAGAACAAGUUUGUGUUGGAGACGGUGAUCUGUGAAUAGUUCCAGCACGAAGCAGCGUUUCUGAGAAAUUCCACUCGAGUGCAGUGAGAUGUUAGCGUGUCACCUCUGACCCUGACCCCCUGCUCCUUCCUCUUCUGAAGCUCUUCCUGUUUCCUGUGUGUGUGGUGCUCUUCUGCUUUCUGACCUUUUCCUCCGUACAGCAGCAGGACGGUGGAGACGGAGAGGAAAGCGUGUAUCUACAAGUCUCUCUCUCUCUCUCUCUCUCUGAGUGAAUUAACAAUUUCACGUGGGCUUUUUGUAAAAUAGAGAAGACUAAUUUGGUGGUAGUUUUACUUUGUUCUGAGAUCUGCUCAAGGAGCGCAAAUUAAUUCCCCUGAAAGGACUUAAAACACAUUUUGUAUAGCUUAAGGCACGUGUGUAAACAUGAGGCAAUAAAAAUCACUUUUGUGUCUUCAAAAAACUGUGAAACUUUAUAAAGUAAGUCACAGGCCAGUUCAGCAUAUUGUACACUGGAAUGUGUGAAUAUGUAGGAGAUAUAUAAAUAUAUAUAUUUUGUCACAGCUUAACUUCACCAUCUUGUACACUGGAGCUUCAUGAAAUAAACACAACUAUAGGAAUUAUUUUGCUGUAUUAAUUCUAUUGAUUAGAGCUUUUUUUUUUUUUAUUUCUUAGCUUGCUUUUAUUAACUGUAAUAUUAAUCCAAAGCAAGUAAGUACAAGACAUUUUACUCUUAAACGUAACCGCAUUGAGAUAUCAAGAAUCAUCAUACAGGUUUAUUUCAGACUUUUCACAUUUCAUAGUUAUUUGUGAUUUAAAUAUUAAACCAGAAUGUGUAAUGGUUUAUGUCUUAUACCAUAGAUGUUUAUCUCAGUUAAACAUGUUGCGUUCAUUUAAUGUGGAUAACAUUUACAGUAAAAAUGAAUAAGCGUAAAAGGUUAACUCAAUAAAACUGGACCACUUCA